ACAGUCCUGUCUUAUGUUUUAAGGUAUGAGCUACCCAGGAUACCCUCCUCAGGCAGGUGGAUACCCACCACAGCCUGGGGCUUACCCUCAGCAACCUGGAGCUUACCCUCCCCAAGCAGGAGGCUACCCACCACAGCCAAGCGGCUAUCCUCCUCAACCUGGUGGCUAUCCACCACAGCCAGGAGCAGGAGGCUAUCCACAGCCAGGAGCAGGAGGCUAUCCACCACAGCCAGGAGCAGGAGGCUAUCCACCACAGCCAGGAGCAGGAGGCUAUCCACCACAGCCAGGAGCAGGAGGCUAUCCACCACAGCCAGGAGCAGGAGGCUAUCCACCACAGCCAGGAGCAGGAGGCUAUCCAUCACAGGCUGGAGGCUACCCACAGGCACCACCAUCAGGCGGCUGGGGAGGUGGGCCUGCUGGUGGGUAUCCAUCCAUUGGUCUUGACAGCUUAUCCAACGCUGGCAUGUUUGGAGGGACCAUGCCCCCAAACCAAGGCCCGGGGAUGGGCUACCCUGGUCAGCCUAGCCAGCCAAUGCCCGGAUACCCACAAGCACCAUCACCCAACCCACCCAUGGCUGGUUUCGGAGGCGCACCAGCACAUCCAAACGUCCCUUCACAAAGUCCAUCCAUGCCAGCCUACGGAGGAGGAGUCACACCAGUAGCUCCACCUGUCAAUAGGGGAUUCAGGGGAACAAUCGUGGACUUUCCUGGAGCUGACCCACUCAGAGAUGCGGAAGUCCUGAGGAAGGCCAUGAAGGGCUUUGGAACUGACGAGCAAGCUAUCAUCGAAUUACUUGGGAGUCGCUCCAACAGGCAGCGUGUGCCCUUGCUCAGAUCCUACAAAACUGCCUAUGGGAAGGAUCUGAUUAAGGACCUGCAUUCAGAACUGUCUGGAGAUUUUAGGAAGCUGGUCAUGGCCAUGAUGAAGACCCCAACUGAGUUUGAUGCCUCUGAGCUCCGCAAUGCCAUAAAGGGAGCUGGAACUGAUGAAGCCUGUCUGAUAGAGAUCCUGUCUUCUCGCUCCAACGCUGAAAUCAAGGAGAUAAACCGCUUUUACAAAACAGAAUACAAGAAGUCACUGGAGGAUGCCAUUAGUGGUGAUACCUCAGGCCACUUCCGCAGGCUUCUAAUCUCUCUGGCCCAGGGUAAUCGUGACGAACGAGAAACUGUUGACAUCUCUCUGGCUAAACAAGAUGCUCAGGCCCUGUAUGCUGCUGGAGAAAACAAGCUCGGAACAGACGAGUCUAAAUUUAACGCUAUAUUGUGUGCCAGGAGCAAACCCCAUCUCAGAGCAGUGUUUCUUGAGUACCAGCAGAUGUGUGGCAGAGAUAUCGAGAAGAGCAUCAGCAGGGAGAUGUCCGGAGAUCUAGAGAGUGGCAUGUUGGCAGUGGUAAAGUGUAUUAAGAACACAUCUGCCUACUUUGCUGAGAGACUUUACAAGGCCAUGAAGGGAGCUGGGACCAAAGACACAACCCUGAUCCGGAUCAUGGUCUCCCGUUCCGAGGUUGACAUGCUGGAUAUCCGCCAGGAGUAUGUUAAAAACUAUGGCAAGUCGCUGUACACCCACAUCUCUGGAGACACAUCAGGGGACUACAAGAAACUGCUACUGAAGCUGUGUGGGGGCAGUGACUGAAAAGGAAAUACAUUAUAGAAAUGUUCUAUAAAUAUCAGAUUUCUGCCUAUCUAUAUGCACUAAACAAAACCUGCAAGCCAAUCCAUUGCUCUCAAUGCAAUUUUUAGUUUAAAGAACCUCAAUAUUGCUACAUAUUGUUUCUUUUCUAUAUAAAGAAUGCACAAAAAGUUUUAUAUUUUUUCACUUGUGAUAUCUGUGCUGGAUAUUUGAGUUGAAUAUACAUGGCCAUACAAUCGAUUUGCAAGAGAAUACAUUAGAAUUUUUAGAGUUAUAUAUUUUGUUUCAAUUGUGCCAAUAUGCUCAGAUAUCUAAUGAUAUCUGGCACAUUAAUCAACUAAUUGUCUAAUGUUCAGCAAUGCUGAAUAAAGUAUGACACAUACAAUACAUAGCAGCUAAGUACCAAAGUUGUCUGUUAAUGUUUUCAAUUGUAUAAUCUCCUCUAUAUUUUGUUUACACUUUAUGUUCACCAUAGUUAUGUUGUAUUUUCAGCAGAUGCUUUAAUUUGUAUAUCCUAUACCAUGUUAUCAAAGCAUGUAAAAUCAAGCAUAACCUUUCAUAUAUUGUUGGUGAUUUUAUCUUCUUUAGUCCCCAAAAAUAAAUAUAGAUAAUGCACAC